CUCAAAUCGAAACGAAUCACACAGGCAUGCGACUUCUGUCAUCGCCGGGGUCUAAAAUGCAAAUCCGUGGAUGAAAAUGUGCAGUUGAGCCUGUCUCAACCCUCCUGCUUGACGUGCUUGGAAUAUGGCCAGGAAUGUACGCGAAAAAGGCAGCCGAAGAAGCGGGGAACGAAACCGCGAGGGGAAAAGGCAUCAAUCUCAAGCACAAGGGAGACGGGUAUGACUACUACUCUGACGCCAUUGUCUUUGGGUACCGGGGAUUCAGUACUGGCUACGGUUGGUGGGAGGGAGCCGGCGCUCGCUCAUAGGCGCGUAAUUACGCUGUUGCUGGAUGUUUACCUGGAUAGUAUACACCCAAAGUUUCCUCUAUUUUGUGAGCGGGAACUCUGGGUGGGCUGGCGCGAGGGCUCAUUCCCACAAGAUGACUCCGACUUCAUGAGUUUGAUGUGUCUGUGUGCCUUGAGCGCCCAGCAUGUCGGAGACGGGGCACUGUUCAACGACAAUGUCGACGCACCGGAAAGGACGAAUUUACGUGAGGCAUAUAUCGCAGAAGCGACUCGAUUAGUACCGAUCGACUUUGACAAAUCAGAUCUGAACCUCGUACGGUCGUUUACGUUCCUCGCUUUACUCGGUGCACAAACAGGGAACAAUGCUACGCUGCACAAAUACCUUGGACUGUGUCAUGGUAUAUCUGCACACCUUAGUCUACAGGAUGAAUCACGGUGGCCAGCGAUGCUAAGUCCAUGUGAGGUGGAGGUCCGCCGGCGCUUGUGGUGGUCGAUCUAUCGGCUCGAGGUUCACACAGCGUGCGUUCUCGGUAACAUCGUUCGCACAUCUGAGACUCGGUGUGCCGUUGGAUACCCGGCUGGAGCACAUCAUCCGGCGUUCAUACCCGGUCGCAAUGGGCAGUUCGAAGACUGGUUCGAUGGCUGGAACAUGACGACUGAUUUGUAUCGAGUUCUCGAGCACGCCGUCUCAGACCUACGGGCGAAGCAUAGCCCUGCUCACUCUAUCCUGGGGCGCAUGGGAGGUUCGGACCCUACCGCACUGAUGACCCGACUCUCAGAAAUACAAGAGCGCUUGCUACCCCAAUUCGUCACCCCUGCUUCGAGAUCAGAAGAUAGUGGACGAAAUCGAUGCGGGUUUCAGGCACCAAGUAUUAUCUGCACUAUUCACCUUGCCAGACUUCUAUCACGCAUGUCCAGUAAUGGCGACCCGCUGCUUGCAUGUCAAGUAGCGACUGAUCUUAUAGCCAGCAUAAUGGCCAUUCCACUUGAGUACAUACGUGCUGCAGGAUCUCCCCUAAUCCAACAGCUGGCUGGAGUGGGCCAUAUCCUCGUUGGGACAGCAAAGAAGCAUCAGUUGCUUCAAGAGCACUACGCCCAGGUCAAACAGGUCAUACAUUCCAUCACAAGUCUACUUGAUCUCCUAGCGACACCGAACACGAUUGCCAGCAGCACCCGAGACCGACUGGUCAACUUGGUCUCGGAACUUGAAGACGUGUAUGCCACCACGACUGCGAAUGCCAAAGUGAACACAGUCGACGAAGGCCACAUCUUGCACUGGCUACAGGAUGUGGAGGAACCGACGCUUGGGCAGGCUGCCUUUCCCAACGAGCUGCUUACAGACUUUACGUGGCUAUAUCCGGCGUAUCCAUGA